AUGGCCAAGCAUGCACCUGAUCAACCUGCACCAGCAAUGCCUGGAAAGCUUAUGAAUGCAAUUACUGAUCUGGGAGGUGAAGAUGUGUUGUGGGUGAUAGGGAAAAAACUGGAGAAAACUGAUGUGAGCAAGUGUCAUAAUCGUCUAUCUAUUCUAGAGAGUCAAGUGGCCGUGGAGGAGUUCAUAACAAUUACAGAGAGGAGCGAAAUUUCUCAAAGAAAUAAGAUAGCAGUAGAUGUGGUGUUAUUGGUGACAGCAGGAGGAGGAGGAGGAGGAGGAGAUGAUGAAGCUCAUCAUCAAGGCACCCAGUUAUGGGGAUUGAACUUUACAAAAUGGGAGAUGAAAAUUAGUAGCAUUUACGUAUUGAUCACAAAUUGGUGGGAGUUGGUGAGGAACAACAGUUUAAAAAGGGGUGACAAAGCUCAAGUUUGGUCCUUCAGAAGAUCUCAUAAUGGAGGAGAGAAGAAGAAGAAGCUUUGUUUUGCAAUUAAUGUACUUCGUAAUUAA